AUGAUCAAUGAAGACGAGAUAACAUCACUGCCGGGUCUCUCGGAUGCCAUAAAAUUCAAACAAUAUUCCGGUUAUUUGAAUGCAUCGAAAGGAAGACAUCAUUUCUAUUGGUUUGUUGAGAGCGAAUCCGACCCCCNUGAAUGCAUCGAAAGGAAGACAUCAUUUCUAUUGAGCGAAUCCGACCCCCAAAACGCACCGGUAGUGCUAUGGCUGACGGGAGGGCCCGGAUGUAGCUCUAUAUUCGGGAUGAUUACAGAGAACGGACCCUUUCGGGCCAAUGAAGACGGAAAGACACUAUCGCUGCACGACUUCGCGGCCAAUAAAGUAGCGAAUAUGGUAUACAUGGAGUCUCCCGUUUCCACUGGUUUUAGUUAUGACGAGAAUACCCGUCAGCCGCGCAACGACGACGUGACCACCGCUAACGACAACUACUUAGCCCUCGAAAGCUUUUUUGUAAAGUAUCCGCAUUUGAAGAAAAAUCCGUUUUACAUAACGGGUGAGAGUUAUGCCGGCGUUUAUAUACCAAUGUUAGCGCACGAAAUAUUCAAACAUAACUCAACCAUCAAUUUGAAGGACUUACAAAAGGUCUUCAAUGCAUACUCUAAGCAUCAUUUUGAAAAGAUUGGACUCAAAUUCGCGAUUAACGAUGGAUUCAAAUACAACGCUAAACCCAAGUGUCCAGUGAAUGGUCACACGCCUUACCUCAACGACCCGGCCGUACAAAAGGCACUGCACGUAAGGGAAGGUGAGGUGCAUUGGGGCGCCUGUGAUGGCAAUUACGAUCGCUCACACGGAUACACCUCUCAGGUAGAGACCACCAUUGAGUUGAUCCAAAAGUACAAAAUCGGUCGUUUUGUCGUAUAUAACGGCGACUUUGAUAUAAUGUGUGACUUUGUAACCGACCAGCGCUUUGUCGAUGGGAUAGCUGUCUCGACCCAAAGCAAAAAACUUGGAAGAUAUCAUGAAUGGAGCGAAGAUGGUCUGGUCGGCGGACGCAUCGGUGGUUUUGUUCAGCACUACGAGAAUGGCCUGAGCUUUGUGUUAGCCCGCGGGGCCGGACAUAUGGUGCCCGAAGAUAAACCCGAAGCGGGGCUUCAGAUAUUGAAGGAUUUGGUCGUCAAUGAGGACGAGAUAACAUCACUGCCGGGUCUCUCGGAUGCCAUAAAAUUCAAACAAUAUUCCGGUUAUUUGAAUGCAUCGAAAGGCAGACAUCAUUUCUAUUGGUUUGUUGAGAGCGAAUCCGACCCCCAAAACGCACCGGUAGUGCUAUGGCUGACGGGAGGGCCCGGAUGUAGCUCUAUAUUCGGGAUGAUUACAGAGAACGGACCCUUUCGGGCCAAUGAAGACGGAAAGACACUAUCACUCCAUGACUUCGCUGCCAAUAAAGUGGCGAAUAUGGUAUACAUGGAGUCUCCCGUUUCCACUGGUUUUAGUUAUGACGAGAAUACCCGGAGUCCUCACAACAACGACGAGACCACCGCUAACGACAACUACUUAGCCCUCGAGAGCUUUUUUGUAAAGUAUCCGCAUUUGAAGAAAAAUCCGUUUUAUAUAACGGGCGAGAGUUAUGCCGGCGUUUAUAUACCAAUGUUAGCGCACGAAAUAUUCAAACGAAACUCAACCAUCAAUUUUAAAGGUGUUGCGGUUGGUAACGGAGCACUUAAUGCAGGCCAUGAUUCCCAAUCUUCGUUAGACUUUGCUUUAGGACACGGAUUAGUGACCACCGAUUGGUACGCGAAGAAGAUAGAGGCCUGUUGUGAGUGUACGGCCGGUAUUCAACACGAGUGUGACUUUAGUAAAGCCCCCAAUAAAUCCAAAUGUGAUUCCGUUCCUAACGUCAGAGUCUCGACUCCUAAUCCAUACAAUAUAUACGACGAGUGUUUCCCGGAUCUGAAUUUACAAGAGGUGUUCAAUACAUAUCAUAAGCAACACUUUGAGAAGAUUGGUCUCAAAUUUUCAAUCAGUGAUGAAUUUAAGCAAAACGCUAAGCCCAAGUGUCCAAAGAAUGGUCACACGCCUUACCUCAACGACCCGGCCGUUCAAAAAGCACUACAUGUAAGAGAAGGGUCUGCGCGUUGGGGCGCAUGCAAUGGGAUGGGGCACUACCAGAAGGGGGCCGACAUCUCUCAGGUGAAGACUACCAUAGAGUUGAUCCAUAAGUACAAAAUCGGACGUUUUGUCGUAUAUAACGGUGACUUUGAUAUUGUGUGUGACUUUGUAACCGACCAACGCUUUGUCGACGGAAUCGCUGUCUCAACACAAAGCAAAAAACUUGGAAGUUAUCGCAUAUGGACUGAAGACGGAAAGCCCGACGGAAGGAUCGGUGGUUUUGUUCAGCACUACGAGAAUGGCCUGAGCUUUGUGUUGGCCCGCGAUGCCGGACAUAUGGUGCCCGAAGAUAAGCCCGAAGCGGGGCUUCAGAUAUUGAAGGAUUUGAUUGGCAUUUCUAAGCUAUAA